CCGGCGUGGCGCGGCGCGGGGCGGCCAUUUUAUGUUAGUAUGACGUAGAGGCUGGGUGUAGCUUAGCGUUCUUAUUGUCGGUGUCCGUGCGCGCGAGCGAGCAAAGGAGAGGACAAAAAAAAAACCUAACGGAUCGGUAAGAUCCUGGCGGUGCGCCCGGAUGAUGUUCGAUGCCCUCGCGCGAACGAUCGGGCCCGCGCGAGUGAUGUGAACCGCCGCAGUCGUCGGCAGCGAUCGCGCGAUUCCCGCGGAUAACCAACCCGUGUGAAACUGGUGUAAAACGCGUGUGACGCGUGGAGGAUUAUAGGAGCGCUGGACGACAGCGCGGAACGGUCGAGGGGGACUAGAGGGGAAAGUGGGAGCGAGGAAGUCGAGCGAGCGAGCGACCGAGCGACCGUGCGUGCGAACGAAACGAGUAGCGAAAAACGUACGAAACGAACGAAUCGAAACGAAACCGGGCGCGAGGCGCGAGAGCUCGUCGAGGUGAUCCUGCUGGCGAGCGAAAAGUGAAAGUGGUGCCGUUCGCCGCGGCGGUGUGGUGCGGUGCGUCCGUAGCAUAGAGCGCGGGUGCGCGAACCAUGAGCGAGGAAAGCAAUCCGCGCACGCUCUACGUGGGCAACCUGGACACCUCGGUGUCCGAGGACCUUCUGUGCGCGCUCUUCUCGCAGAUCGGCGCCGUCAAGGGAUGCAAGAUCAUACGCGAACCCGGCAACGACCCGUACGCCUUCGUCGAGUUCACGAAUCACCAGUGCGCGGCCACGGCGCUGGCCGCCAUGAACAAACGGUCGUUCCUCGAGAAGGAGAUGAAGGUUAACUGGGCUACCAGCCCGGGCAAUCAGCCCAAGCUCGACACCAGCAAUCACCAUCACAUAUUCGUCGGCGAUCUGUCGCCGGAGAUCGAGACGCAGACGCUCAAGGAGGCGUUCGCGCCCUUCGGCGAGAUCAGCAACUGCCGGAUCGUCCGCGACCCGCAGACGCUCAAGAGCAAGGGCUACGCGUUCGUGUCGUUCGUCAAAAAGUCCGAGGCCGAGGCGGCGAUCAACGCGAUGAACGGCCAGUGGCUCGGCUCGCGUAGCAUCCGGACCAACUGGUCGACUAGGAAACCGCCGCCACCGAGGUCCGAGAGGCCGCGGCAUUCCAACAAUAGUAAACCCAACUACGACGAGGUUUAUAACCAAAGUAGUCCGACCAACUGUACCGUGUACUGCGGGGGUUUUACGAACGGUAUCACGGACGAGCUGAUAAAGAAAACGUUCUCCCCGUUCGGCACCAUUCAGGACAUAAGAGUGUUCAAAGACAAGGGAUACGCCUUUAUUAAGUUCACGACCAAGGAGGCCGCAACGCACGCCAUCGAAUCGACGCAUAACACAGAAAUCAACGGGAGCAUCGUUAAAUGUUUUUGGGGGAAAGAGAACGGCGAUCCGAAUAGCGUGGGUCCUAAUGCCAAUCACCAGGCUCAACAGGUGACAACGGGAGCGGGACAAUACGCGUACGGCUACGGCCAACAGAUGGGUUAUUGGUAUCCACAGGGCUAUCCGCAAAUGCAGGGACAGUUCUUGCAGCCCGCUCAAUACUACGGUCAAUAUUACGGGCAACAGGCUCAAUAUAUGAACAGCAUGAGGAUGCCCGCACCAGGCGCGGGGGCCUGGCAACCGACGCAAGCCACCGCGGCACCGCCGACGGCGAGUGCGCCCUUGCCACCGGGCCAGCAGCCCACUAUGGUAACAUACACCAUGCCACAUCAGUACCCCACGCAAUGAAACUGAUCGUUGACCGGCUAAUUGUUACGUACGAUAAUAGUUGUCCCGGGGGUUAUUCGCGAAGAUCCGUUCCGACAUAUACCUACUUCAACAUUUUUACAUUCGAGUUUUCGGUGAACGCAACGCGCGAGCUGAUCGUUUCCGAACGCGAUUGAGAUGCGACUUCGCUUUGCAAUAGUAGAAAAAAAAAUACGAUUGGUAUUCCGGAGUUUUUAUUUCUUUCUUUCUCUCUUUGUUUGUGCGCACGAUCGAUUCGUUCCAACGGCUGAAGGUUGUUUUCUUUUUCCUCCGUUUACCGUCACGGGACGGGCGCGUAACGUUAUAUCGAGACGUAAAAUCUCACGUAGUGACGAUGCUUCGACAAUGCGGCGCUCGUACGACGAGUAUCGUCGCUGCACACGUCUCGGUUCAGCGCUAAAACUCCGAUCGGGAUUUCGCGAUUUCCGCAUUCUGGAUAUACAUAUAUAUAACGUUGAACCAGGUAUAUCUCCAAACUUUUCCUCGCGGCCUUCCCCUCCCCCCUUGCCCCCCCCCCCCCGAAACUCAAAACCGAGCCCCGCACCCGUUGUGCUGCGCAAGUGACGUAUGUAUGCGGCAAAUCUUUGCGUUGUUGAUACCUUUUUAAUAUUUUUGCCACUGACACCUCGACUCUCAACUCCUACCCCCCCACUUCCUUUCAAAUCUCGGAUCGUCGAUGAACAAUGCGCGCGACGAAUGUUCAUUUGAGAUAUACAAAUAAAACGGAGAGUAACUGCUAAUAUCGGACGUAGUUAGUAAGGUAGAAAAAAGAAGCGAGAUUAGCUAGACACGGCGCCUGUGAUGUAGCUAGACUUUUGGACGCGUGUAUGCUAAAGGCGUGUGCGGGGCUCCCCUAACAAAUGAAUUCUGCGAGAGUUGAGUAAACGAGUUACAACUUUAUCUCGUUGUGUGAUAUUUAUCGUCGGUGGUUAAUGUAUAAAAUUUUGCUAUGAUUCUCUUCAGAGAGGGGUAACAGAAGGGAGAGAGAGAGAGAGAGAAAAAGAGAGAGAAAGAAUGAAAGAAAGAGAGUAUGUAUGUGUGCGUAUGCGUGCGUGCGCGUGCAUGUGCGUGCGUGAAUUUUUUGCUAAAGACAUCAUCAAGAUAACACGAAUCGAGAUUCCCUCGUACACGAGUGCAAGCUCAAAAUACAUUAAUUGCUGCGAUGUUGUACGUUAAAUGGUACGCGUCGGCUCGCACUCUCUUCGUACACCCGUCACUAUACUUUCGGUGUGUGUAUCUCGAACAUUAUGCUCCAUCCGCAAAUGAACAAGGUCGCGAUGUACACGUUGCGCUUACCGGUUUCUUUUCUUUUCUUUUCUUCUUUUUUUUUUCUCUUACGAGAAUGCUCGUGGUUUUGAGAAAAGGAAUAAAUGUAAGGAUCGAUCGCCGCUGGUGCGACGAGGGUACAUAGCUGGAGAGGUCCGAAGAGAUAUCGGACGUUAACGUACUCCAUCGUCAUACCGUAACGUCAAUGACUCCUCGCCGUUUGUAUAGACGACCUAGCUAAUCGAAGAAUAAUAAAUAAAUGUAACUUAAGUCUAACGAUAAUAAUAAACGAAUAAACGCGCGCGUACUUCCAUCGGGGAUAUUUUUUCUCGAGCGAGGGGACGAGUCAUUGAUGAGCCUGGGUGGAUCUCGGGACCUAAGACGCGUGUAUGAAAAUUGAAAGCGUAUAUACGCGUGUUUGGUUACUUGUUACGCGGACGUCGGUAAACGGUAAUCUUUGCUCUUUGCGACGGAACGAUCGGGGAACGAUCCGAUUGACAAUCGUGGAUAUAACAUUACGUACGGUUUUUGCGAAUUAUUAUUGUCGUGCAGGUCGUGGACGCGAUUAAAAAUGACAACGUGACACGAUAAUGAUAAUAACGUGACACGAUUCGAUUCCCUCGUGUCUUCCAAGUCAACGUGUAACGGAAGUUCGCGUGGCACAAUUAACGAUAGUUUGCUUUCGUUUCUCUUCGCGGUAUCCCGCGCUGAUCGCUUUUGUAGGGCUCGGGGUGAUUCGGCCCUCUAAGGCUACCGAUCGGAAGAGAUUUAGCGUACGUUACAUAAUUCGGGGAUACGCAACAUCCCGAAUCGGGAAUUAAACCAUGAAGGUGUCGACGCUAAUUGCCAAGGUAUCAAUUAACGAAUACAUCUCGUAGAUGCGACAUCGUUCAUCGUUUACUGCUCCCUUUUUCAAUUUUUUAACAAAAAAAGAAUCGAUGAUUGGAAUCGGUCUCGGAGUACGAGACUCAAAAUGCGCGAAAAUUUGGAAUUUUACCGGCAUAUGACUGCGAAAUUAUAUAAUUAAUUAAUUGGUUAUCUCGGUGCCUUAGUACCUGGACACACGAGCCCUACCAAUUACACGCGGUUGUUUUCUACGAAAAACAACUUCUUUUAUUAGAUUCGCGCGUGAUUUUUUGCGUGAUUGCGUCGCGUCCGUUGCAUUCUUCUGAAUGGAGUUCAGGUUCCGAUUAUACCGUUCCGACGGAAUGAUAAUAUGUCCUCCGUUUGCAGAACGACGGAACACUGUUUCAUUUUCAUUUUUUCGCAGAGAUUCAUAAAAAGGAGAAGGAUCGAGAUGGAUUAUUUCCAAUGAUGUUUGACAUGUGAGAAUGCUUGUCGCCGCCUCAGUUCACCACCGACGGUAAAAUGCCAUAAAAAAAAAUUUCAAAACCAAUUUGUAUAAAGUCAGUAUAUAAACGAGAUGCGAGAGGUAAACGAGGGAAAAAAAAAAAAAAACAAAAUGAGUGGAGCCGGGCGUGGUAACGAUUCGAUUUUGGUUGCGAAUAAAACGAUAUCGAACCGGAGAGCCAGUUUAAAGGGAGAACGGAGUUGCCUGCGAUGUAAUCGGUAGAAAAAAAAUCGAUAAGAGAGGAAAACAAAAAAUGUUAUAUAAAGAGUAAUUUAGGUACGGCGGGGUUUUGAACCCACGAAGAUGCUUAGGAUAAUGUUAUCUUAUAAUAAAAACAAAUUGUCCUUUUGAAUGAAAAAAAAGGAAUAAAUAUUUAAAAUACAUAA